AGACAGCCAUGGUGGAUGCUCUUGGUGUCGUGUUGGGCAGUAGUUUGACAGUCAUGCUUGGCGCCACUGCCUUGUACAUCCUGAUUCGCUGGUAUCAAAGCGGACGCUGCUGCUAUGAGACAAGUUUCGUCUUCAAUCUUUACAACAUUCGACAUCUGAAGUCAAUGGACCUGGAGCUGGGGCCCCCCUUUACUGUCAGCGGCUCCAUGCAUGCUCAUGGUCCUAUGUCUGGAUACCAUUACUCUCAAUUCCAGGACAACGACGUCUAGCAGCAAAUGCCUGAAAGCAAAAUGGGGACACGACUGGGGACAACACGUUACAUUCUCUUUUGUGUAAAUUCUUCACUUCACAAAAAUUUCACGCUGCAAAAAGUAGAAGUGAACCCUCCACUGGUGAACCAAUAAUAAUCUGUGAUCAGACAUUAGUCUAUGGGAGAUGAUCAAAUGAGCUGGAUCCAUGUGACCAACAGAAGCAGACUGACAGUAAUCAGGCCAUACCAGCAGUUUGAGGGGAACCCCAACCCCCCCCCCCCCCCCCCCACAAAGUGCUGUGGAAUAGUGACCUUUUUGGCAGCUGCUUCAGGUGGCUGAGAAGGUCACA